UCGGAAAAAGAAAUAAGUCCGUUUUAGUUUAGAAUAGGCCCAUUCCGACAGCUGUCAGGCAUUUGCAAUGGCAGACAUGGAUACUACUUUAUUGUGCAAUGUGCAAAGCUUUAUAUCGUUAUCAUUUGGAACCUAAAGCAAGACACAAUUAAGUUUUAUUUGCUGCAUUUUGUGAACAGUGAUAUGUAAACAAGAUCGUCAGUUCUAAACAUUCUUGCGAUUUUGACAGUUAGAUUGUCAUUAUUUUGUUUUCAUUUUGGACACUUAUUUUGACAUGCAAUUGUGUUUUGCAAGGAAGAUGAUUAUUUACUGGUAGUGUGUUGAUGCAAUGGAGGAAACUGUUCAUGUACAAUUUCAUGUCCACUGCCAUAAUUAGGCCCAAUGUAGAACCUUGACGAUGAGUGUGGUCCUGAGGCUAGGGGUAGUCCAUACAAAUGACAGCGGACAAAAAGAUACAGUUAAUGACACUGAUGUGGUGGAUUGUCCCACAGGAGAAUAUUACAUGAUACCACAGACUUACCCGGGAUGUUUUGGUUUGCCUUACCAAGAUCACAAUUAUGGUGCUCCACCACCACCUACUCCUCCUCCAUCACCACCUCCCCCGCCAGCAUCUCCUCCACAGGUGGAAAAGGCUCUCCAGCUGGAGGUGGAGGAUGUGGUAAUGGUGCCAGCUGUGGCUGCCACAGAGGUAGCACGCGAGAUCUCCGUGGAGGAUGACAGUAUUACCAGGUGCAUCUGUGACUACACACAUGAUGAUGGCUACAUGAUCUGCUGUGACAAAUGCAGUGUCUGGCAACACAUCGACUGUAUGGGAGUUGACAGGAGCAACAUACCCGAGUCCUAUUUCUGUGAAAUAUGUGAGCCUCGGGUCUUGGACAGAGAAAGAGCUCGACAGCUACAAACAAAGAGGAAGGAGCUACUCAUCAAUGAUUCUAGUGCUACUGAUACAGACCCUGAAGAAGCAAUGAACAGACAAAUGUCUCAACUCCUCAACUCAAAGAAAGGCAAAAAUAGGAAAAAGACUAGAGUUCGCAGUGAAAAGAACAACCCCACAACCCCAAAUAAAAGUGAUGUCAAGUUGAAAAGGCCUAAAAAAGAGAAAAAAGAUAAUGUCAAAAAAGAAAAAGAGAAUAAAGAAGCAGACAAAAAACAGAAACAAACAGCUAUUAAAGAAGCCAUAAGCAAAAAGAUCAAUAAAUCUAAACUGAACAAGAAGCCUGGUUUGACACUUGUCAUGAACGAAAAUGCCCAGGAUCCAUGGGACAGUAGCUACAGUCCCUGGGUAGACAAAUAUGAGGAGGCACAAGAAAAUCAGUACAGUCCAGAUAUUCAAGCACUUAUGGCUAUACGCAUAAAUGGUCAACCAGCUGAUGACCCUCAUCCAUUAAAUGGAAGGUUGCCAACCCAACUGUGCCAUGUUACUGAAGUCAGCAAAAACAGAAAGGGUUUAGAGGCAUCCGAAACCAUCGGCGAGGGAGAGCCAAUUAUAGAAUACACAGGAAAGGUGUCACUAAAACAACAGUUUGACAAGGACAACUUUUUCCGGCAGUUCAACCCAUUUGCAUUAUUUUACAACAAGUAUGAUAACAUAGAGCUGUGUGUAGAUGCCACCUCAUAUGGAAGCACUGCAAGGUUUAUUAGGCGAUCCUGUAAAGCCAAUGCAGAGGUACGACAUGUCAUGGAAAAAGGUGUUGUAAAUUUCUUCAUUUACUCAGCUAAAGUUAUACCAAGAGGCUCAGAGAUUACUAUACCAUAUGAUUAUAACUACAAGGAUUGCUCCUACUGUGUUGAAUGUGCCUGCCUUAGAAACAACUGCCCUGUAGCAAAAUAUUUCAAAAGAAAACAAAAUGCUCAAAACAAAAAAGACAAAUCCUUUCCUAAAACACCUGUGAAGCCUAUCGCCAAGUCUCCAGUCAAGUCUCCGACCAAGUCCCCUCUAAGGUCUUCCAUCAAAAAGAUGAUGGAUGUGGUUGUAAAGAAGGAGGAAGUUGUAGAGGAAUCACCGCCAAAGACUUCAAAAGAGAUUCCUCCCCCACCUGUGGAAGUAAAAAAGGAAACGGUGGAGCCAAAGAUAGUCCCUGUGGUAGAGGAGGAAGAAGAACAACAUGAAAGUGCUUCUACUACUGCUGCUACUCCAGCUCCUCCUUUAGUGUCAGAUGUAGGAAGUGACUCAGAAGAUGUGUCUUCAGGGACAUCAACAGAGAAACGAAAUAAAAUAUCUAAGACAAGAGAAGAAAGAAAGAUGGAAGCCAUCAUGAAAGCCUUUGAAAAGUUGGAGAAAAGAGAAGAAAGGAGAAAGGAAGCACUGGCACGACUAGAACAUCAACGACACGAUUCAGCAACAGAUGGGGUUAACACCUCAGCGGAGAGCACUGGUGAAGAAAAUAAGGAAGAAAAAGUUCCAAAGUCUGAACAAGAUUCAAAAAAGGAUCUUCUGAAAGACAUAUCAAAAGAAAAUGUCUUAGAGCUGGAGGAGACAGACAAAGUUGAAGGUGGAAAAAGAGAAAGUAAACCAAAAACAAGAAAGGCAAAGAAGGCUGCGGCUAGAAGAAAAAGUCGGGUUAACACAAGUAGCUCACGAGGAUCUGAAGUUGAAUCCUUGUCAACCCCUGUGACGCCCACCCCACCUGCACAGCCUCCUGCAGUUACACACACUAGGAAAAGCAGAACAAGCAGCUGUAACUUGGAGGCCACACCACAACAAACGAUUGCUAGCUCUCUUUCAUCAAACACCUUGCCGUCCAGGAAGCGCCGGUUCAGCAGCAACUGUGGCACCAGUAGUACGGAAAGUGUGGCCCCACUGACAGUCCCUGCCUCCAUCACUAAUAACCUACAACAGAAGAGGGGAAGGAUGAGCAGCAGCUGUAGCUCAGAAACCAUCUCACAAGAUGAGAGUAGUAACACACUGCCUAGUUGUCCAUCAACACCAGUCCAAAGCACAGACCUUGCCACACCCCCAUCUUUCAAAUUCUUGAAAACCAAAAAGCAUUUGAUGAGUGAGUGGUUAAGUGAGAGGACCCAGGAUAGCAAUCCAUUAGGCCUGAAGACGGAACCAUUGGAAGUAGCAGUAGAGGACAAUGCCAUGUUUGUGACAUGUUUACCGAGCCCGCGCAACAGUAUGGACCACCUUCGCCGAAAUAGUCACAGCUCUGGUGGUGCACGGGCAGGCUUAGAAAACAGCAUAGGAUCUGCUAAAAAGCGAUGGUUAAGGCAGGCCAUGUGGGACAAGCCUGGCCCUGACAGUGGUUCUGUGUCCCCAGUGGCAGCUAGUGGAGGAGCAAGUCCCAACCCUGCUAUCAAUACCAUUAACAUCAUGCCCAGUAUUCCCAGCCCUGGGGCCUCUCCUCCUGGUGAUUUUGUGACACCAUUGAAGAAGAGGCGGUUUGCACGGGAGUCGUGUGACCAGCCUAUUCCACAGACUCCGUCCACUCCAGCAAGCUGUUCUUCAGUAGGUGUAGACUACAGUGUAUUAGGUGAGGUCGAAGAGAGUGGCAUCCAGGGCAAGCCAGACUAUCAUCCAACUCCAACUGUCUUAGAGGAAGAGGAAGAUGAGAGUACGCCUUUAUCAAAGGAAGCUGAAGAUGUUGGUGUAGACAAAUCUAUGAGAGGCAGGAACUCUAUAGAUAGUGAAACAUGUGAUUCAGUAGAUAUGACUACUAGUAAGAAUUCAAUUGAUCUCGAAGAUUCAGGACUUGAAAAAUCCCCUGAAAAUGUAAUACAUGAAAAAUCCUCUGAAAUUGAAGAACAUUUAAAUUCUUUUGAAAUGGAAGUGGCAGAGAAGUCUUCUGAAUCGGAAAUACAUGAAGCCAGUUCAGAGAUUGGACAGAUAAGUGAUAAUACUAGAGAUAAAAUUGAGAAAGAUGACAGAAGCCGUGGUAGUAAAUCUAUAGACUUGGCUGAAUUGUCUGUGACUUGUAAUAAUGCAAGUGAAAAUAGUGCUAAUAAUAAUGUAAGUAGUGACAAAUCUGUAAAUGUGAAAGGUGGUGGCCCAAUAGAGUCUGAGUGUGACAGUAUUCAAGAACAGACAAAUAGGGUUGACAGCGAUAUGGAAUCGCGACAACUUGAGUCGGAGUCUGAACUUGAGGAAGGUGAGAUUAAUGAUGAUUCCAUUGAGGAGUCCAUGCAGGUGGACAGUACAGAAGAUAGUGCUAAUGUGGGGGGAGGGAAAACUGCUCAAGACAACAAACUUGCUCUGUGUGAUAGUACAUCCAAAGUGGAUGAGAACAAAAUAUUGCGACCGCGUAUGCUUGAGACAGUUCAAGCAGACAGUGGUAGCAGCAGUAGUGUUUUAGUCACUCAUUCGGAGGCAAAGGAGGCGACUGUUGUGGACAGCAGUACAGAUACUGAUCAGCUGGUAGGUAGGCGUCCCAGUGAUUCAGACAGAGUGGCCAUACUUCUGGCUGAUCAGUCAACAGACAGUGAUUAUGGCUCUUCUAGGACAGAUUUAUUAAAUUCUAGUAACCAGGAAACCAAUCAUCAGUUAGAGGAAUCACUGGUGGAGUCGGUGAGUGAUUUCUCUGAGCCUGUGAGACAUUCUUCUUCCUCUUCUGUUGUUUCCUUAGAUACGUCAGGAGAGAAGGUAGGCAGCAGUAGUGAUGAAAAGACACAUAGCUGUUUAUCAGAUGUUAGCAGUAGUAGUGAAAGGAGGAAUUUGGCCUCCUCGGAUUCAGUGCAAUCUGUAGUGUCCUCACAAACUGUUGACGAUUUUAGACGAAACUUAGCAUCAUCAGACUCUGCUUCAUCAGUGAUAUCGAACAAUGUGUCUCCAGUUGUGUCGUCACAGUCAUCAGAUAAUGUCGGGGUAUCAUCUACAGAGCUUUGUGCAUCAGAUGCCACAUCUAACACAAUAGGCAAUAGUGAUUCUGCUGACAGCUCGGAGGCUGCUGUCUCAUCAAAAAUGGACAAGAGUGAGGAGGACAGUUUGCCCAGUGUUACGGGCUCCAUGUGUUUACCAAAUACAUCUGAGGCUGACACACCAUCAUUUGAUGAGUUUGGUCUCUCAGAUGAAGUAGGAAAUACUGGAGAAGCUUCAUCAUCAUCUAGUAUAUCUGAAGACUCGCAUUUAGCAUCCUCAUCUGUACCUUCAGAUCCCCCUCCACUGCCAACACCCACAAAGAAAAAGGUCAGUCUGUUGGAGUAUAGGAAAAGACUCAAGGAGAAAAGCACACCAAGUGGCAGCUGUCCAUUGUCAUCAUCGUCAUCACAAGCUUCAUCAUCAUCAUACACAUCAUAUCCUUGUACAUCUCCAUCGUCCCUGUCACCAUCAUUCAUGCCAUCUCCAUCCAUGUCCUCAUCAUACAACAAGCCAUCCUCAUCAACAACAUCUCGUGGCUCCUCAACCCUCCACAACACAAAGAGACUUCCAUCUUUACCAUCACUACCACUCUUUGAUUCAUCUCCGCCAAAAGACUCUUCUAGAUAUCAUUUUAAAAGUUCUUCAGACCUUGUCAGAAGAAAGUCAGCUGAAGUGAAAAAACCUGUAAAACCAUUGAGCUUAACAGAAAGAUUAAAACAAGAGUUUGGGUUUGAUGAUACAGAGGAAGAGACAAAGGAAAAGAAUGAUGGAAAUAUGCGCCGCAUCAUCGCCACCUCCAUUGCUAGCACGACCAGAGCAGCUUCAUCAGCAUCAUCAUCUUUCCCCCCUCCCCCUCCUCCUCCUCCUCCUCAUCCCUGUACAACCUCUCAGCCUCGUCCCGCAGGCCUAACCAGUGGUCAGGAGUAUAUGGACCAAGGACAAGAACCACAGAAUCAGACCCCAGUACAACAAACGAUUGGUCCUCCACCACAUCACCCAGGCUUUCAGCAACCCAUGUACCAUCCUCAACAACACACAGGCCAGCCACCCCUCCAUCCGCCAAUGCAGCAGGACAUGGUCAUGCACGGGGGUACACAUCCUGCCCAACCUGCUCAUAUAAUGGGACAGAACUCAGCCAUGCUCAAUGGACCAGCGCCAGGCAUGAUGCCUCCUCACUCAAUGGUGGGACCAGGUCACAUACCCCCACCUGUCCCUAAUGGCCAGGGACAUGGUCAGGCAUCAGGAAUGUUGCCACCCCACCCUCACAUGUCUGGGGUACAGGCACCACCUAUGCAGAAUGGCCCGGGACCAGCUCCCACUGGGGGGCCCUCCCCAAGACAAGGAGGUAAAAUACCGUCACUGAUGUCCAUACAGACAUUCCCCUCCAGGGAGCUACAGCCAACGGUCAACAGUAAUGGGCCUUCCACUUCUCAAUCUCCACAACCACAGGUCUUUCCAGGACAACACCUUCAGCAGGGGAAUGACCAAGGGCUUGGAAUUACACAACAUGGUAUACUGAAUAAUGAGGCAACAUCUUUCAACCAACCAGCUCUACAACAACAACAUAAUCCUCACACAACCAACCACACUGUUAGUUACAAGCAGUCCCCUCAGGGGCCAGGUCAGUCUGGGUUCAACUCCACCAUUAAUGGCCCACAGGGACCUAACCAAACAGGGUUCAACUCUACUAUGAAUGGUCCCCAGGGAUCAAACCAGACAGGGUUCAACUCUACUUUGAAUGGCAAUUCAAACUUUAAUAUGAUUCAGUCCUCUUCGCUGCAGGUACAACAGCAACCUCCUGCAAAUGGACCACCUGUGGUGCACGAGUAUAACCACGGUUAUAAUGGAAUGUCAAAUAGUGACCAUAAACAGCACUACCAGCAAUCCCCAUCACAGUACCACUCUCAGGGGUCAGUGCAACGAAAAUCAAAAUUUUUCGGGAAGAAAAGGAAAAAAGGACAUAACCAUCAGCAGCAGGUUUACCCUGACUCAGGUGGUCUUUAUUGAGACCAUCAUGGAAGGAUGUCAUUUUUGUGUGUAUGGGUUAUAUUGUGAUUGAAAGAGUGAGUUAAUUGAUUUAUUUAUACAUGUCUUCUUUUUUUUUCUUUUUUUUUUUUUCGACCUUCUUGAAUUAAGACAUUCUUCAUUAAGUAUAUGAUGUUUUACUCUGAUAUUCUUUCUGAUCAAAUGUUUUUAUUGGAAAUAGAAAUAUAUGUUAUUGGUAUUCGUAGAUCUUAACUAAUGUGCAUUACUUCAUUAAGUCCCAUACAUUUGGUACUUAUAAACAAAUACUUUCAAAAUUCUUUUGAUAUUGUUCUAAAGUGUUGUAAGAAGGGGGGGAAACAUGCAAAAUUUGCUCAUAUCAUUUAUGUGUAAUGCAGCAUUUAAAAAAAAAUUGGAAUAUGAGUGAAAUCCAGAAGUCUUUUUCAAGCUGUACUUGUUUGCUACACUCUCAGUUGGCAAAUAUUUUUUAUGUAAUAUCGUGUGCUUGACAGCCAUGAUAUUGUAACACCCAGAUAACAUAAUUACCAUGUAAAAAAAAAGAUAAAAGACCCUUUUAUGGAAGACUGUGUUGUGGCAUGAAGUACUGUAUUUCUUACUAUUUUUUGAAUUAUUGUGUUUACAUUAUAUGGCAUUUAAAGUUAAUGAAUGAAUCUUAAAAGCAAGGCAUUUAAAUCAUGUUUACUGACUGCAUUAUUUGCCUUGGAAGUUUGUCUGCUUUAGUAAGUCUCAAUAGGGCAAUAUUUGUUGGUGUAAAUAGGAAUCAUUACCUAUUGAUGAGCAGGUUAUUUUGCCCAAUAAAUGGUUUGGGAGUUGUAUUUAUUAUUUCUCUGCAUCCCUUCAUCUGUUUCAAUAUGUUGGGGUUUCGGAUGUAAGUGUGUUUGGAAGGAAGAGAGUCAUUUUGCCGUGUCUGUACAUAACUGCAUUUUUUUCAUUGUAAAUAUAAGCCAUCUAUUUUUUUAAUUUUUUUUCUGAAAGAGUUUUUCAUGAGGCAAGAUUUUUGACAUGUAUUAACCUUUUUUUGAUUGUUCCAUUUUCAUUCAAAAUGACCAUUAAUCAUUCAUUUAGUAUUUCAUUGUACAGAGGUUUAUUUUGUGUAAUAUAUAUCAACCAAAAUCGAUUUUAAAGGGGGUAAAUUUUGUGUUUCAUGAAAUAGGUACUAGAUAUGGAUGGCUUUAUGUACACAGCGAAUUAAACAUUAUUUUCAUACCUGUACAGAUAUCAGGUUACAGUGUAUUAUAUAAACAAAAAGGGGGGCAGUGACAUAUUGCUGUCAGUUGCUAUUUUGGCAUUUGACUGGUGAUUAGAUCACUGCAACAUAAUAAACUAACAAGCUUCCAACACUAGUGGAUCCCAGAAGUAUGUUCUCUUUCCUCUCUCUCUCUCUUUCUCUCUUUCUGCCUUAAGUUGGUAGUCUGAACAAGACUGGAUAUAGAUAUUGGCUUGUAUUGUCUGAUAUUCUGGUCAGCUUUGUACUUUGCUUAUGGGAUUAUUGUCCACUAGUGGAUAGAAGUCAAGUAAAUCAUUUUAUGAAACUUG